GUGGCGAGCGUGAUUUACCUGUGAACAAGAAGGUGAAACAAUUUGGAAGCCCCGUUCUGGCCAACAAUGCAGCUCUCAGUUGGUACACGGAGCGGGCCUACCUGGAUGAUCGCUAUGCUCGGUGGACGACACACGGCAACCGAGACUUUCUACGCGCCCUAACUCGACAGGCAACGCAAUCAAGGUACUUUGCUCGUGGCUUUCCCAAUUCCUGGAACAACGUAUCUGAGGAGAUGUGGAGCACCUUCCAAGAGGGUUACAGCCCGCAGACCUGGAGAGGCACCACCAGCUCGGCCAUGGAGGGCUUCCAGCAGCUGGUGCCCAGCCAGGUGCCAGCAUGCGUGCGGACGAAUACCGACCGAAGCAGAAAGCUGCCAAGCCGAGGUUCUAUCAAGAGCUCGCGAAGCGGCCGAAGCGGUGUUGCAUGCAGCUGUGGAGGCAAAAGCACUCAGACCCCAUCCUCGCGUUCGUGUCCUUCCUGGGCCUCUCGCAUCUCCAGCCAGCACGUCGCUGCAGCGCCGUUGGAAACAGCAGGAGCAUCGAGGCCGAGUUCGGGAGCCUCGAGCAACCGCCUGAUUCGACGGCUGGUCUUUAGCCGGCGAGGUUUUGACAACGAGCCCACAGGUAGGCGUGUGAUACACCCCACCUACAUUCCAGGAGCAAGGGUGGAAGCCGACAAUAAAAAAGAGGAGUCUGACAGCGACUGA